CCUUCACUCACUUCCAUGGAAGAAGAUGCCAUACCAAGUGCAGAUCAGAUUCGUAUAACAACAUCCUUGAAAAGCCAAAGAGGGUCGGUGUGGACAAAAACCAAGUCAAUAUUUGAAUAUUGGGAAGUUGAAGUGACCUUCCGAGUUACAGGAAGAGGCCGCAUUGGAGCUGAUGGAUUGGCAAUCUGGUUUACAGAAGAGCAAGGCUUGGAAGGUCCUGUUUUUGGGGCAGCUGAUAAAUGGAACGGUGUUGGAAUUUUCUUUGAUUCCUUUGACAACGAUGGAAAGAAAAACAAUCCUGGAGUGAUUGUGGUAGGCAACAACGGAAAACUUCUGUAUGACCAUCAGAAUGAUGGUUCCACGCAAGCAUUGGCAUCCUGUCAGAGGGACUUUCGUAACAAGCCCUAUCCUGUUCGAGUAAAGAUAACGUACUAUCAAAAAACACUGACUGUUUUAAUUAACAAUGGCUUUACUCCGGAUAAAGAAGACUAUGAAUUUUGUGCAAAAGUGGAAGAUAUGGUGUUGCCUUCACAAGGAUAUUUUGGAAUAUCUGCAGCAACAGGAGGACUUGCAGAUGAUCAUGAUGUCCUGUCUUUUCUGACGUUCCAGUUGACGGAGCCUGGGAAGGAAGUACCAAUACCAGAUGCAGAAAUUCCUCAAAAAGAUAAAGAGAAGUAUCAAGAAGAGUUUGAACACUUUCAACAAGAAUUGGAUAAAAAGAAAGAAGAAUUUCAAAAGGACCAUCCUGAUGUGCAAGGACAGCCAGCGGAUGAUCUUUUUGAAACUGUAAGUGAUCGUGAACUGAGGCAAAUUUUUGAGGGGCAGAAUCGAAUUCACCUUGAAAUCAAACAGCUUAAUAGGCAAUUGGACAUGAUUCUGGAUGAGCAGAGGAGAUACGUCUCUGCAGUCACAGAUGAGAUUGCUAAAAGAGGAGCUGGUUUUCCAGGUCAACAAGGACAGGUUUCCCAGCAAGAGAUUGAGACAGUUGUGAAAACUCAAGAAGAAGUCAUUAGACAAGUAAAUGAAAUAAGAAAUUCCAUGGCUGAUACUCUGAGGUUGAUCAGUGGAGCACAACAUCCUGGUUCUGCUGCAGGAGUCUAUGAAACAACCCAGCACUUCAACGACAUCAAAGAACACCUUCACGUAGUCAAGAGGGACAUUGAGCAUUUAGUACAACGAAAUAUGCCAUCUAGUGAGAAAUCAAAGUGUCCAGACUUGCCACCGUUUCCAUCAUGCUUAUCUACAGUGCACUUCUUUAUAUUUGUAGCGGUGCAAACAGUGUUAUUCAUUGGUUAUAUCAUGUAUAGGAGUCAACAAGAAGCAGCAGCCAAAAAGUUCUUUUGAUGACCUGUUCCUUUUGUGCGUACAUAACAGCAUCAUCUCUCCUUGGAACUUCCAUAAUUGCCUCGUCACUGAAUGGAUCAAAGGAAAGCUCCCAGCUGCCCCGCUCAAAUUUUGUCCUGUCUGUUCUUGAGGUGAUAGCAACAAAUUUGGACUUUAAGAAUAUUUGUCAGUCAAUAUAGCCUCCUCUUAUGGGUGGCUAAUAGAAGUUUCUUUCAACACUGAUACUGUGUUUGAUUCUUAUCAAGUAAGAUUUCAGGAGUAGGAUGAGAAGACAUCUUGGAAUCCAGUUUGACAAUACGGGGGAGAACAAGUUUAAUAAUUGUAUUUGGAGUGUGGAUGAUAAGUAGCAAAUACUUGGCAGUGACAAGAGAAUCUCAUCGUACUGGUCAGUAUCAAAUACAUGGUCACACCUGAAUCCUUCAAAAGUAGGAUUGACAAUAUGGUUUGUAAAUUACCUAACUUCCUAUGUGAAGAAAAUCUGACAUUUAUCAGUGCAUCAAUUCCUGUAAUACUGAAGACUGUCUACUGUUUUUUUUAAACCCAAACAGCUGACACUUUCAUGUUUGUUUCUGACUAAUGUAAGUUGACACUUGGAGUUCAGAGAUAACCUUGUUUGAAUAAAGAUGCAUAUUUUUAGUAAACUUUUUUGUUUUAAUUUGAUGCAUGUGCAUGAAAUCCAAGCAAGUGUAUUUGAAGCAUUCUUUGCCCUCUGUUGUUCAGAGAGUUUGAACGCUUUGAGAUCCGUGUGCAGUCCUGCCUGACACUGGAGAGUUAAGGGCACUUGGAGGUUGAGGCUUGGCCUGUGUUGGGGACAGAUGGCUGCCCCGCUUAGCAGAAUGUGCUGCGUCUAGCCCUGGUUCAUUCUAUGCGAAGGGAUUAUCUCCUCUCUGCAGCAGUCUAAUGCAAGACUGACUAACCUGAAAGUAAGAUUCAUUCAAAAGCUUGUGUUAAGAGUAUCGGACUUGCCUUGAGUGUCAGACACUUGGGGUCAAAUGUGAAGUAAUAUGUCAACUUCUAAGUCUCUUAACAGCAAAUCAAGUUGCUUGCUGGCUGCUUAGAGUAUACAAAGUACCUCAUUUUUGUGAGUUGAAGAUUGCUUACAUCUCUGAAGGUCUGUCUUCAGAUUCUCCUUGCUGGGUGCUCUGCUCCUGUUUGUUGAAAAGCAACAUGCCUACCCAAAACAAGUCAGUCUGUGUCUCCUUGGGUUUUUUUGUUUGUUUGGGUUUUUUUUGUUUGUUUGUUUUUUACUGUUCUAUUCAGUAAACUGUGUGUGUCUCUGGUAACCUCCCACAGGAAGAGUAAAAAUUCCUUCACUGGCCAUCAUUUUCCCCCAGUGAGGAGUAAUUUCUCUAAUAGGUGGAGGAGACGAAUCUUUAAUUGAAUCUAUUCAAUCUGCAAAGACCUUAGAAUAUUUGUUUCUCUCUUUCUAUGCACGUGAUCUGAUGUUCCAACUUACGUAAAAGGUGACAUCCCCUUUUAGAGGGAUGAAGUGGGGGAAGAGUCUUGGUCCUUUCAGAGAACACUUGGAUACUACUGAAACGUGGUUGGAGUUGUCUGCUGUGACUGUGUUUGGGAACAGAGUAUGUGGAAGAGGCUGGAAGCCAGGAUGCUUGCUUGUCUAUGGCAUUUCUGUGCUGGCCUCCCUGUGAGGCUUUUAGAUUUUACUCUUUGUGAUUUGCCUGUUGUGGGGCUGGAGAUGCCUGCAUUCUUUGGGUAUGGAACACGGGCUUUUAUCACAUUGCCCAGCUCCAUCAGAUAAAACAGGAACUGGUUUAGUUUUCAUUUUACUUAAGCUAGAGGGAAAGGACUUGUUUUAAAGCAGAGGAAGUGGCAACAUGAGUACUUAAUUAGCAGCUUUCCAUAUGUUUUCAUUAAGCCUGUGAUCCCUGUAAUCAACAAAAAGCAGUAAGUGUUUUGUAACUUCAAUAUUGGCUAGUAGUGAAAGCACCUGCCAGGAAUGGGAAUUAUUCUAGAGGUAUUGGUCCUUGUUGACAGCCAAGGCAGCUACUUAAAACUUGAUAAUUUAGGUGCUCUGUAAGCAAUUAGUUCCUUGUCAGUCUGACUGUUUAUUCAUUAUUUCUGUACACAGAUUUGUGAUAAAUAUCUAAACCCACACUGAAGUGAGCAAUUUGCUAGAGAGUUAUGCAGUGUCUUCCAAAGUUUCAUCACUUCUGUGUUUCUCAUCAGUUUCCAGUGCCAGUAGGGCCAAUAUUUUUUAAAGCGCUUUUUGUUGUCUGAUUUUGAAUCUAACACUGGAAAGCCUUUUGCUGUUGUUAGGAAGGUUCAUGAGACCUCUCUCAUAACCUGGAUGGCAAUAUCUCUCAGGUUCUUAGGAAUCCCUUCUCAAGCCAGUUUGCAGCUUUCUUGCCUUCUCAGUCAGUUCUGUGAAAGCAUCUCUUUUAGGCAGAAGGUGGUUUCUAGAGAUGCCUGAACUGAUGAAGCACCUUCUCCCCUCGCUGAGGACUUUGUCUCUUGCUCUUGAGAGGCACUGAGCAGUGGAGGGCAAGUCCCUUACAUGAGUCUGGCUGCAGUCUAGGAGCUAGGGAUUGGCUUUUCAGGGCUGUGCUCGUAAGCAGCAUUUAACUCCAUUUUUCUAGAAUUAGCACUUUAUUUUCAUUUCUUCCUUUUAAAGUUUGUUGCAUAGCAGGGAGAGGCUCUUCUGGUCUUGUCCUGGGUCCUGGGGUGGCCACUACUUCUCAGCAGUCAGAGUGCUCAUCCAAAGACUGUCCUCCUGAAAAGAUGCUAGAAUUAGAAUUUCUCAAAUACCAGCGAAGUGAGCAAGGUCUUGGUUUUGGCAGAAGGCAAAAGGUUUCAGGUUAGAGCCAUUCCUUCUUGUCUCCAUGCUGGGAAAAUGGUUUAAAAGUACCUUUGAGCAGAGUUGGCUAGCGCUUGCAGAUGGCACAGCUGCACACUGGUGGGUCUGUGGUGUAGGUGUGCUGUGUUCUGCUGGAGUUCGGCUGGCCUGCCAUCAGCUCUUGAACAAACACAGCCUUCUCUGAAGUGUGGAAGGAUGGAGAAGGGGGGGUGCUCAGCCCUUCUGCCCUCUGAAUGCCUCGAAGGCAGCAAACUGAGCCAGGGCAGCUGUUGGGUGUAACAAAGGCAGCCUGACUUUGCCAAGCCUGUUCUGAAGUGACUCCCUGAGGUAGGAGCAGCGAUACCUUAUGUGUAAACUCAGUGCUGGAUUUUUCGGUUUUAAAUUUUGCCAGAUAACAAACUUUAUUUCCCUUUAUUAUGCAUUCAACUUCAGACUCUUGCAUGCUCAAGUUAGCAUUCUCUGCUUAAAUUGGGAUUAGCUAUUCAGUGUCUGUGAUCUCAGUUGUGUUAGCCAUUUGGGCAAGUAAAAUACAGUUUUGGUAAUCAAGGUCAGAGUUGGUCAGAUGUAAAAAGUUGAUUCUUCCCACAAAUUCUCACAACUUUAGCAUAGUUCUGAAAGUGCACAGUGAUUAUAAAAAUCAAUUUUGAUUUAAGAAAAAUGCUUUCUAGGUAUUUGUAGUAUAUCAAAGUGUUUUUGUUGUGAUUUGGAAUUCAUGCUUCUGAGUGAUACUCCAUUUCAAAAAGAAAUUUAAUGUUUCUUGUUUAAUCACUAAUAAUCCAGGAUUACAGAAUGUCCUGCCCUUUUUUUUUAAAUAGUAACAGGUCUGCUUUAAUUAGAAAGGCUCAAAUACAGAUUAAGGCAUUAGGCAAACUGGAAUCCUUCCCUCUCUCAGUGAAAUUAUGAGAGUGCUGGGAGAACCAUUUUGAUAAUCAGAAUUACAGAAUGUUUCACUAAGGCAUGCGCAGUCAGUCAUAGUAGGAUAAAUGGUCAAAACCCAAAAUCAUGAACUUUUGAGACCUAGCAGAGUAUUUUAUUUCCCAAAAUAGUCUAUAAUCUAGAUUGCAGAUCCUACAAAUCUUCACCUGAGUAGACCUGGUGAGACUAAUGAUAGGAAUAAAAGUUUGAAAGAUGAGAACCUACACAAGCAACCCACAAACAAAAGAUAUCAAGGCUGUAUUUUGGCAUACAGAAUCUGUCAGAUUAAUUUCUCCUUUAUUGACAGUUAAGAUUAAAACCACUAGAUAUAUUCUAUGCAGCACCAGUCAAAGUGGUGAUCUAGAUGGAGAAAACCUGGGGAAGAGUUGAAAUAAACCCUAAGGAAUGAAAAGUAGGAAGGUGUGAUUUGCUUUUUUUGUGAUUACUUUCUUGAAAAAAAACAAAAACAAAAACAAAAAGAUUGCCGUAAUGCCCCUUUCAUCUGU